AUGGAGCUGUAUCGCAUUAUCCUUGUGUUGAUCUUCAGUAUCAUAUUCCUUAUCUUGUCAUGUUCUGCUGCAGUAGAUAGAGUAUAUAUAAAUCAACCGAUCAAAGAUGGCAACACCAUUGUUUCAGAUGGCGAGAUGUAUGAACUGGGGUUUUUUAGCCCCGGAAAGUCAAGGAAUCGAUAUUUGGGGAUAUGGUACAAAAACAUAUCACCUUGUACAGUUGUCUGGGUUGCUAACAGGCAGACACCAAUCAAGGAUGCAUCUGGGGUGUUUCAAGUCACUUCAGAAGGAGUCCUGCUGAGUCACGGUGGUGGCAAUAAUGUCAUCUGGUCAUCAAAUGUGACAUCGGUCUUUGCCAGAAAUAUGAAUCCUGUGGCACAGCUUUUGGACAGCGGAAAUCUUGUGGUGUGGGAUGACUAUAGAAACAAAGAAAAACUGAUCUGGCAAAGUUUUGACUAUCCUGGUGACACUUUGCUACCAGGAAUGAAAUUUGGGAAGGAUUUGAUAACAGGAAUAGAGAGGUACUUCACGUCUUGGAAGAGCCCUGAUGAUCCUUCUACAGGUUUGUAUAAAUUCUGGGUAGACACAAAUGGAUAUCCACAGAUUUUUCUGGGAGAAAGUCAAGGUGAAACCUUGAGGGUUGGACCAUGGAAUGGUCUUGGCUUUCAAGGCAUUCCUGAGGAAAGCAUGAAUCCAAUUUACUCCACAGAAUUUGUCGUCAAUCAGAAAGAAAUAUAUUAUAGCUAUAAACUUAAGAGUACAACUGUUCAGAGGCUUCUUUUAGCAUGGGACGGCAUGGCACAACGGUUGCAGUGGAUCAAGCGAACCAAAGAAUGGAUCGUGUAUGCAAAAUGUUGUAGUUGAUGCUUGUAGUCGUUAUGGACCAUGUGGUCCUUUUGGAAGCUGCAGUAUGAAAAGUUCUCUCCCUUGCAGUUGUUUGGAAGGUUUUGAACCAAAAGUCCCAAAAGAGUGGAAGGCAGGGGAUUGGUCGAGUGGGUGUCAACGUAAAAAGCCAUUGGAUUGUAGGACUCCGGAUGUCUUCCAUAAAAUUUCAGGAGUGAUUUUUCCAGACACACGACGUUCAUGGUACAACAAGAGCAUGUCCCUUGAAGAAUGUGAGAUGACCUGCAGAAGGCAUUGUUCUUGUACUGCUUAUGCUAACUUAGAUAUCAGAAAGGGGGGAAGUGGAUGCUUGCUAUGGUUGGAUGAGCUUAUGGACAUUAGAGAAUAUGAUGAUCAUCAAGAACUGUACAUAAGAAUGUCGACCUCUGAGUUAGCAGCAAAAGAACAAUUCAGCUUCAACAAGAAGAAGGAAGUACUCACGGUGGUGCUGUCAGUUUCGUCAGCUGCACUACUUCUGUCUGCAGUAACAUAUGCAUGUAGAAAGAAAAUGAAAAGUCUUCAUAAAAAAGAACAAGGUAACAGGGUACAUACCCAUGAUAAAGAUCUUACGAGUGAUCGGAUGGAAAACCUUGAUCAGCUUCCAUUUUUUAGCCUUCAUAAAAUAGUCGAGGCUACCAAUAACUUUAACAUUGAUAAUAAAAUUGGAGAAGGUGGUUUUGGUCCUGUUUACAAGGGUGUGUUGGAAAACGGGCGAGUAAUCGCUGUAAAGCGUCUCUCAGAAACAUCCCAACAAGGAGUUGAUGAGUUCCAAAAUGAAGUCAUUUGUAUUGCCAAACUUCAACAUCGGAAUCUUGUGAAGCUCCUUGGAUACUGCAUUCAUGGAAAUGAAAGGAUUCUAAUUUAUGAAUACAUGGAUAACAAAAGCUUGGACUCAUUUCUGUUUGAUGAAGCCAGAGGUUCAAUGCUUGACUGGCCUCAGCGCUUUCGCAUUAUUCAUGGUAUAGCUCGAGGUAUUCUUUAUCUACAUCAAGAUUCCCGCCUUCAAAUAAUCCAUAGAGAUCUCAAGGCAGGUAAUAUCUUGCUGGAUAGUGAAAUGAAUCCAAAAAUAUCAGACUUUGGCCUUGCUCGAAAGUUUGUAGGACAAGAUGACAUGGCUAAGACAAAGAAGGUUGUUGGAACACAUGGUUACAUUUCUCCUGAGUAUGCAGUACAUGGACGCUUCUCUAUUAAGUCAGAUGUAUUUAGCUUUGGGGUUCUUGUGCUAGAGAUUGUGAGUGGGAAAAAAAACAGAGGGUUCUCUCAUGAGGCUCACAGUGAUAACCUUCUUGGACAUGCGUGGAGACUAUAUAAAGAAGACAAGUCCAUUGAACUCAUGAGUGCAUCUGUACGCAACUCUUGUGUCGUGUCUGAAGUGCUACGAUCAAUACAUGUUGCGUUAUUGUGUGUGCAACAUCAUGCAGAAGAUAGACCAACUAUGUUGUCAGUGGUUCUGAUGCUGAUUAGUGAGGGGGCACUGCCUCCACCCAAACAACCAGCUUUUUUCACUGAAGAAAGUUAUCGUGAAGUUGAUAUUGUUUCAUCCCUAGAGGAAUACACAGUUACCCUUUUGCAUGGUAGAUAGAAAGCAUGUGCCUAUGCUGAUGUAUAAAUUGUUGGAGCAAUAAGAAUUUGUUUUGGAGACUUUCCUUAUUUUAUUUUUGAUAUUUCUUGUUCCUUUGUUCUAGUAUUAGAC